GCCUUGCAGUAACCGUUUCACUGUCUCUUGUCAUACCGCUGCGCACAACUUGCCAGUGUUAUCAUUUAUCCGCUAAUAGUGGCGCUGAUGGGUCUCACCAGCACCCGGCGGAUCCUCAAGCUCAUACUCAAGCCCAAGCCUUCCUUCGAGAUAACACUUUCACCUCCAGAUCCCCUGUUCAAGCUUCCUCAAGAUAGACCUGACAUCCUUUGGACCACAUCGCCCAGCUCGGCGACCAGAAAAUCGCAGUCACAUGGCCAAGAGGCAUCAUUCACGUUUCCUUCCUUUAAGAUUGGAGACGAACAAGAUUUCAGAUUUGAUGAUAUUCUCGCUGAUCAUCGUUUCCCGCUUUUGAGUCGCGUCCGAUCAAAUGGUUACUCUCAGGCGUGUCUGAAGUCCCAUCAGGAUAGUGCGGUACACGAUACAAGUCCUACACCCGCGUCUCGACAUAGACUGAGGCGCGUAAAAAACCGAUUUUCGUCCAAGAGCCCCAAUCAUAACUUCUGUGUACUAAACACAUUAGACGACAAGCAGUCUUCUGGCAGCAUUUCGUUUCAAUUACCACCUCAACUCCCUGGGACUAUCUUGAAUCCAGACCAACCGGAGACAGCGUUCAAGCAUUCGAACAAGGAUCUCUCCCCUAUCACCGAAGACAGAGAAACUUUUGCGAGUCCCGGUCCUCUCUCCACUAUGUUCGAUAGCCCCAUGGGGCCGUUUACUGUCUUUGCUUCGCGAAGCAUCGGAAAGUUAUCUACAGAGAGUGCCACCAAUGUUCCCGUCGAGACCUCCCACUACUUCACAUCUCAAGAGCCAUCAUUCUCCUCAGGACAGCGAGGGAUCUAUUCUACUCGAUCAUCUCCCAAGCUGAAUUCUCCUGAUCAUUCCACGUCAACUGCGCAGUGGUCUCCUGUUUCUCCUCUGGUUUUCGCGGAUAUGUCUUCCUUCCCGGGACAACCACCGAAUACUGACGUGAGCCACGAUCUUGACCUCUCAGAUUUUCCCGCGUGCAAAUGCAAUACGAUCAUCACGUUCGGCUCUUGCGCACAUAGGUCCUCUAAUAUAUCUGCAACUGUGACCGAAAAGGGAGGGAAAAGACUUGGGCUAGAUGCAUUAGACGCACAACUUUCCAAUACGGAUCCGGCCAGAAAUGUCGACUCCCGUCCCUGCACUUCUGGAAUUUCGACAGCGAACUCUAUCGAAGCGCCAAUCAUCGACACUGUUCCAUCCAGACUUGGCGCUCCUCGGACAUCACCAUCAAAACGAAUAUGGUCAAGGCUGCGGCAUGCUGUAAUAGGGACUUUUUCGAACGUUAAAGAUUCAGGCGGUCGCGAACAAGGUUCUCGUGCUACUCAUAGGAUGUUCGCGUCACAUCUCGUUGCUGAAGCAAGUUCCGUCCGUGAUCAAGACCCAACGAGGCAGGCGGCUCACCAAACCAGCACGUCCGGCGACUGCUUCCGUCGUCCUUGA